GUGGACACCCACGACACGGGUUAUUAUCGCUGUGUGGCCACCAACGGACAGGACCGUGUUUCCACUCAGGCAAUACUCUACGUUAGAUACAUGGCAGCGAGCAACCCCCCCGGAGCUCUGCGGUUGGUACGGCCCAUGAACAAUGAGACAGUCCAAGUCGGGAACAGGGCAAACCUGAAUUGCAAGGUCGCGGGGAUGCCCACCCCCGUCUUUAGGUGGUACCGAAACGAUGCCCCGCUUUCUGCCGAGAAAAACCUUCGGAUAGACAUUAGAAAUUACGAGUGGGGUUCUCGCCUGAGAAUCAGGCACGUGGAAACGCAGGAUACUGGAUAUUACCGAUGUGUAGCCAGCAACGAACACCAGUCCAUUGCAACCACGGGUAUUCUCUAUGUAAAGUACAUGGACGACUCACACACACCUGCCACGUCAAGCGGAGAAAUGGGAGGUUACUGUCAGCAGUACCGAGGUGCUGCCUGCCGAAAGUUCAUCGGAAACGCAACAAUCUACAUGGACACACUCCGGGCUCAGGGUAUAAUAGAGAACCAGCUGACAGCAGCGUUCACAGUGAUCGGGACGUCCAGCGACCUGACCAAGCGCUGUGCCGACUACGCGAUCCCCUCGCUGUGCCACUUUACUCAUGUUUGUUUGUUUGUUUGUUUGUCCGCAGGUAUAAUAGAGAACCAGCUGACAGCAGCGUUCACAGUGAUCGGGACGUCCAGCGACCUGACCAAGCGCUGUGCCGACUACGCGAUUCCCUCGCUGUGCCACUUUACUCAUGUUUGUUUGUUUGUUUGUUUACCCGCAGGUAUAAUAGAGAACCAGCUGACAGCAGCGUUCACAGUGAUCGGGACGUCCAGCGACCUGACCAAGCGCUGUGCCGACUACGCGAUCCCCUCGCUGUGCCACUACGCCUUUAAGUACUGCGACGAGCUUCCCUACCCGCAGCCGCGCCAGCUGUGCCGAGACGAGUGCGAGAUUCUGGAGAACGACAUCUGCAAGACGGAGUACAUCCUGGCCAAGACGCACCACCUCAUCGGGGAGUGGAUCCUGCCGGACUGCUCCGAGCUGCCGCUCAUCGGGACGCCCGAGUCCGCCAACUGCAUCCGCAUCGGGAUCCCCACCAUGUCCCACAUCAACCGCAGUCACACGUGUUACGAGGGGAAGGGCGGUGGUUACCGGGGAACGGUUGCCAUGACGAAGUCGGGGAUCCCAUGCCAGGCGUGGAACACGGAGACCCCCCACGUGCACUUCCUGCGCGCCUCGCAGUACCCGGAGCUCGCCGGCGGACAUAACUACUGCCGUAACCCUGGCAACGAGAUGGACACGCCCUUCUGCUUCACCACGGACGAGUCCACUCGCGCAGAGGGGUGCGACAUCCCCAAGUGUGUUCGCUAUCUUCCCGGGCGGUUGAACCGGCUGAACAACGUGACCGUCCUGGAGGGCGGUUCGGCCACGUUCGUGUGCCGCGUGCGUACGGUCGAGGGCCGUCCCCUCCCGGCGUUUAGCUGGUACAAGAACGACGUUCCGCUUUUGGCCGCGCUAAACCCGCGGGUCGAGAUGCGCCAUUACAGGUGGGAGUCCCGGCUCCUGAUUCGUCACGUGGUGACCGAGGACACCGGGUACUACCGGUGCGUGGCCAAUAACGGCGUGGAGGCCGUCGGCACCACCGGCGUGCUGUUUGUAAAGUUCUACGUGGACGGCGAAAUGCCGGAGGGUGGGAGUGACCAGAUCAUGAGCCUGAUCAUCAUCCUGGUUCCGAGCAUCUCCGUUCCUCUCAUCAUCGCGCUCAUCUUCUUCAUCUACUGCACCUGCCGUCGCCAUGGAGACGCCCGCGGCAACGGUAACCGGGCAGCGGUGAAGGGUUCCGCCAGCGAGACCAUCCCGCUGCAGAACCUGUUCGCGAAGCACGUUCCACGGUGCCCGCAGUUUCCGAUCGCGGCCGUGCGAUUCCUCACCGAGCUGGGAGAGGGCGCUUUUGGCAAGGUGUACAAAGGUGAACUGGUGGUCACAGGGUCAGGCGAGGACGCCAAGAAGAUCCUGGUGGCGAUAAAGACGCUCAAGGAGAACGCGACCUUGAAAACUCAGCACGACUUUCACCGAGAGGUGGACAUGUUGGCAGAUCUUCGUCACCAGAACAUCGUGUGCCUGCUGGGGGUAGUGAUGCGCGACCACCCCAUGUGCAUGCUGUUUGAGUACAUGCGGUACGGAGAUCUGCACGAGUUCCUCGUGAUGCGAUCGCCACAUUCUGACGUCGGGGGGAGCUCGGACGACGCGGGGUCCCACUCAUCGCUGGACCACACCGACUUUCUCUGUGUGGCGAACCAGGUGGCAGCUGGAAUGGACUAUCUCGCCUCCAAACACUUCUGCCACCGGGACCUCGCCGCCCGAAACUGCCUCGUCGGGGACAACCUACUGGUGAAGAUCUCCGACUUCGGUCUUUCCCGCGACAUCUACUCGUCCGACUACUACCGCGUGCAGUCCAAGUCCCUCCUGCCGGUUCGCUGGAUGCCCCCGGAAGCCAUCCUAAAUGUUACCGACCAAUCAGCAUUGCCCUAA